AUAGCGGUGACACCCUGAAGGACAUAUUUACUCUAGCAAGGGAUCCAGAAAAAAGAUUGAAGACAAAACCUUUAACAAGGGCCUGUGAAGGGUCGUGGUAUAUCCAUCCAAUCUUGCUCCAGGGGUCCAUGAUUCCAAUUCAGACAGUCAAGACUGCUGCCCAUCACUACAUCACUUCUAGAGUAUGCACUCGGAUGCGGAGCGCUGUGUUGCAUUUUGCUGAAAAUCACUGCCCUCCUGAUGAAGUGUUGUCUGCUGAACACCAAGAGCGUUGCAAAACUCUCAUUAAUCGUAUUUGUGGCGAUCUCGAGGAAGCUGCUUCUCUGAUGUAUGAUGAGUUCAUGGCCUUGGUUGCCGCUACAGAAAAAUCACGGUUGAGCACACAACGUGUCCGGCUAACUCCAAGCCCCUUGGUCGGCGCUACAAAAGCUCUUGUGGUUACUCAAUCUACAUUAGCAGGGCAGUUGGUGCAAGCUUCAACACACACCCAUGAAGAACAAUUAGCAAAGGCACGCAUGGAGAAAAAGGACUGCAUUGGCUCUGAAUUACAAAAAACAAAUUCCACCCCAAGAUUCGUAACACCUCUGCAGACAGAGCUCCCUCAAGGAUCGCCAUUUGUAAAUUCAUGCACACGCACUCUUGUACAGAUGGCCAAAUCAGUCUCUCAAACAUAUCAACAACCUCCAUGUGUUGAGAAGACUCCUGAAGCUAGAUUGCCAGCACCUACCAUUCCUGGAGAAGCAGAAACUCUCAUUGUAACAAAGGUGCCCCUUGCGCCUCGUGCGCUUCGUUUCACUGAUAUAUCUCCCGACAAUGAGCCAAGCAAAAAAGGUACCAAUCUACAUUCAAACUAA